ACAAGCCCUCCCAUGCCCCACACCCAGGUCCUCAGCCUCCUCCAGCAGUGCCCUCCUCCGGUCCCUCCCCCUGCCACCCACAACACUUCUCCUGAUAAGGAGCGGCCUGUGUUUGCUCCAGGCACGGGAAGCAUGGGGCUCCUGGGACGGCUGGACUGCCGCUACUCCCUCCUGGGCCUCCUCCUCCUGUCCCCUUCGGUCACCUCCUUCUGGCUCCUCAACGUCCUCUUUCCCCCAAGUGCCACCCCCAAGGCUGCCCUCAACAACCACACAAGACCUGUGGUGCUUGUGCCUGGCUGCUUGGGGAACCAGCUGGAAGCCAAGUUGGACAAGCCAGAUGUGGUCAACUGGCUGUGCUAUCGAAAAACAGACUACUUCUUCACCAUCUGGUUCGACCUCAACAUGUUCCUGCCCCUCGGGGUGGACUGUUGGAUUGACAACACUAGGGUGGUCUACAACAGGACCACAGGACAAAUGUCCAAUGCCCCGGGUGUGGAGAUUCGGGUCCCGGGCUUUGGCAAAACCUUCUCCGUGGAGUAUCUGGACCCCAACAAACUGACAGGUUACAUGCACACACUAGUCCAAAAUCUUGUCAACAACGGGUACGUGCGAGAUGAGACAGUUCGGGCUGCGCCUUACGAUUGGAGACUGGACCCCACCCAGCAGCAAGAAUACUUUAAGAAGCUGGCAGGCCUAGUGGAGGAGAUGUACGCCGCCUACGGGAAGCCCGUUUUCCUCAUUGGCCACAGCCUGGGCAACCUUCAUCUGCUCUACUUCCUUGUGAAUCAGCCUCAGGCCUGGAAGGACCGAUUCAUCGAUGGCUUCAUUGCGCUGGGGCCCCCCUGGGCUGGCUCUAUCAAACCCAUGAAGGUCCUAGCUUCUGGUGAUUACCAGGGCAUCCCAGUCAUGUCAAACAUCAAACUCCGAGAGGAACAGCGGAGGACCGCUGCCUCCCCAUGGAUGUUUCCUUCCCGCCUCGCUUGGCCCGAGGACCACGUCUUCUUCUCCACACCUAACGUCAAUUACACCUUUCAGAACUUUCAGCGCUUUUUUGCAGACCUGCACUUUGAAGACGGUUGGUACAUGUGGCUACAAACACGAGAUCUGUUGGCAGGGCUGCCUGCACCGGGCGUGGAGGUAUAUUGCCUUUAUGGUGUGGGGCUGCCAACUCCCAACACCUACAUCUACGAUGAAGGUUUCCCUUACAAAGACGCUGUGUCCGUUCUCUAUGAAGAUGGCGAUGACACUGUAGCCACUCGUAGCAUGGAGCUCUGCACUCGCUGGCAUGACCAGCAGCCCCAGCCAGUCCACGUGUUUCCAGUUCCCGGCCUGCAUCAUCUCAACAUGGUCUUUAACAACCAGACACUGGACUACAUCAACUCCAUCCUGUUGGGUACCUAUCGAACAAAAGCCACCGAGGACUCCCACCCAGACCCUGCCCCUUCCAAGGACUCCCACUUGGCCUCGACCCCCAGAACAGAAAAGGUCACAGACCACACGUGAGGGGUCCGUAGUCUGCUCCAGGUGGCCAGAAGGGCAGACGGUACCGCAUCUCUCCAAAGCUUGGCUCUGCUUCUAACUUUGGGCCCCCCCUACCCCUGCUACAGCCCUGUCUGGGACAUCAGACAACAUGAAUAAAAAACCUCUUCUUUGAAGGCCAGCCCUGGAGUGACUAAGGAGGAAGGAGGUGGGAGGAGGAGAAUAAUAAUAAACAUUUAUUAAGCAUGUAUUGUGUGCAGAGCCCUGUGAUAGGCAAUGGGGGAUGAGGGAGAGAUAUAAAAUUUAGAUAGGAAAGGAUCCCUGUGGCGUUUAUAGUCAUAUGGGGAGAUAAGGCACAAAUGUACCUAUGAAACAUAUAUUAAAUGAUAAGUGCAUUUACAUAUGUAAAAGAAAAUGAUAUCGAGCUUCCAACCCCACCGCAUGAUUAGAAAUGCAUGCUAUAAAGGCUGGCCUCAAUGUUCAA